AUGGCUUCUCAAGAAUCUUCCGCUUUUCCCGGAGCUGCACUAGUCACCGGAGCAGCAAGAGGAAUCGGCGCAUCCAUUGCCCUUGGUUUCGCAGCAGCAGGAUGCAAGAAUAUUGCAAUAACCGACAUUCUGGAAGAAGAGCUCACACAAACCUGCCAGAAAGUUCUAUCGGCUGCCUCGACAGACGACAUCAACGUCCUUGCAUUGCCAGGGGACAUAAGAAAAGAAGAGUUCAUAGAUUCCUUCGUUGAGCGUGCAUACUCGACCUUUGGACGCCUGGACUAUGUCGUUAAUUGUGCGGGUGUCAUUGAGAGGGAGUUUUGUCGGUCGAUCGAUACUACUACCGAGCAGUUCGACUUUAUCAAUUCUAUAAAUUACAGAGGGGCGUGGCUGUGUUCUCGUGCAGCAUUAAAGAGGAUGGUAGGGCAGAAGCCAAUCCCGAGCCCCGAAUCCUGGAGGCCAGCCCAGCGAGGGUCGAUUGUAAAUAUAGCGAGUCAACUUGGGAUUGUUUCGCGCCCCGGUGCUCCCGCAUACUGUGCUUCUAAGGCAGCCCUCUUAGGCUUGACUAGGGUGGAUGCGAUCGACUUCGCAAAAGACGGCAUUAGAGUCAACUGCGUGUGUCCUGGGGUAAUAGACACUGACAUGAUAUCGAUCACUCCAGAACGGCGGGAAACCUUGAGAGCGGAUGUCCAGGCUGCACCAAUGGGUCGGCUGGGGGAUCCGCGCGAAAUUGCGGAUGCUGUGCUGUUUUUGAGCUCUUCUAAGGCGUCCUUUGUCCAAGGUCAUGCGUUAGUCGUUGAUGGGGGGUUUAUUACUAAGUAG